AUGAGUCAAGAUAUACUCAUUAAAGAUAUAAGCACAGAAAAAGAAUUUGACCAAACUUUUACACCUGAACUAAGCUUUGGGGACGAAAGGACUAAGCCAAUGAGUCCAUUAAGCUGCUUUAAAUGUUCAUUGUCCAAACUGAUCAGAAAACAACAAAAACUUACUGAGUAUAAUGCGUGACAAUAUUUUUCACAAAUUUGUAUUGAUUUAUACCCAUUUAGAAAGCUGGUGGCAUAAAAGUUUUAUAUAGUAAAUAGACUAAAACUACCCUAAAAAGGUAUAAAAUAUAUGCAUGAUAACAAAAUUAUUCAUAUGGAUAUAAAACCAGAGAAUAUUUUUAUUGAUCAGAGUAAUAUAUAGCUAAUUAUAUAGCGCUUUCCCGAGGAUGGCGCCAUUCCGCGCCAUCCUCGGAAAGCCAGGAAGGCAUCCACACGGGAACUGGGAGUUCCACGUGGGGAUGCCAUUUUGACAUGUGGAAGUUUGGAUCCCACAUGUCAAAAAUGGCAUCCACACGUGGAACUCCCAGUUCCCGUGUGGAUGCUUAGUUGACUUUCCCGAGGAUGGCGCCAUUCCGCGCCAUCCUCGGGAAAGCGCUAUAUUAAAUUUGUAUAAAGGCACUAUUUGCCUUCACUAACUAUUUUUAGAUUAAAAUAGUAUAGCUAAAAUUUGUGACCUAGGCUGGAGCGUUAAAAAUGAUGAAGUUAGGCUUUCAUUUUGUGCAGCACUUGAUUAUAUGGCCCCAGAAACACUAAAAGACCAAGAACACUCGUUAGAAGCAGAUCUCUGAGCUAUGGGAGUGCUUCUAUAUGAGAUGCUUCAUGGGUAUUCUCCAUUUGAAGCUGAAAAAGACUCUGAAAAAUAUUUACAAGUCUGUAACCCUUCUAUAACCUUUGACCCCAGUGUGAGCAUUGAAGCAUUUAAUUUAAUUAAAGGGCUUAUUAAGCCAGAUCCAGAGAAGCGGUCUACUCUAAAUCAAGUAUUAAGCCAUCCUUUUCUAGGAAAAUUUGACACUGAUAUGAUGAUUUAUUAGACAUUUCAUAGUGUUUUUUAAUGGAUUCGUAUAUAAUUUUUUAUAAUAAAAUAAAAGGGAUAAUAAAAAAUAGGCAAACUUAUAUAGAAAAUAUGAAAUCGGACAAAAAGUUUAUAGUAAACUUUUCGGGCAUGGGAUCAUUGAAGAAAUUGAAGGUUUACUAGUUACUGUUUUUUAUUCGGGAGAAAAUGUUUUAGAAUAUUUAUCAAUCCCAGAAGUAUCAAGCAAACUAAAAGUUUAUCAAAAGAAAGAAAUAAGUCAUUUAGAAAAGAGAAUGGAUAAAACAAUUCAAUACGAAAAGCAUAUUUUCGAAAAAAUAGAAAAAUAUAUUCACACUCCAAAACACAGCUUCAUAAUGCAAAAAAGCAGAAAAAGUUCACGGAGGGAUACGGAUAUUGAAGAUGAAGAGAUAUUAAAAAUGCUAUGCAAGCAUAAAACAAAAAACUUAAGCAACCUUAGCAUUCCUCCACCUCAGCAGAAGAAAUAUCUUAAUGAUUCUUCUCACUCCCCCUUUUAAAUUGGAAAAAACAUGGGUAAAAUUUCCAUUUUUUGAGUCUUCAAACCCCAUUAAAUUUGUUUUUAAUAAGAAAAUUUUAUCGAUAAAAAUACUAAUUUUUGCAAAAUUAGAUUUGACAUAAUUUAACAGAUAAAUUGCUUAUUAAAACAUUUUUCACACUGAACCAACUAAAUAUUUUUUUAAUUCUUUAUAAAAAUAAAAUAAAACUAUUGUGGCAAUUUUAUAUUUUUUUGAGAAACUUUUUGUUCCAAUUUAAAAGGGAGAGUCAGGAAUUCUUAUUUUGUGAAGAAACUGACAAUCCUGCUGCUGGACUGUUUGAAAAUGAACAAGAGAUUAACUCUAUUAUAGAAGCGAGAAAAAGAAAAUUAUUCUGUUUUAUAAUAAUUAAAUCUAGCAUGGGUAUAUUAUACAUGAAAUAUAUUUUUUAAAAUUCAAUUAAUUAAAAAAAGUAUAAAACAAAUUGAAAUUGUAAGUGAACGCUGUACGAUUGAAGCCCCGAGAUAUACAAGCGUAAGAAAAGCUCCAUAUUUAAGCCCACAAUCUACAAAAAAUAGUUUUGAUGGGAGUACAAGAGCUGUAUCCGAAAGAGAUGAAGAAACUAAGUCACCGAUGUCGACUGAACUGAUCCCAAGUAGCUAUCAACCGAUCACAGAAAUUUUGUAUAAAAGACGCCAUGUACGUAAGGCUGGAUUUGGCAGAUGGCUUGGAGAUAUUUUGGGCUGUGUUGAAAGAGCAACAUACUAA